GCUUCUGAUUGGCUGACUCGCAGCGGCGAAAUCAAAAACUAGGAAAUGAAACAAUGCUGUUACGUCCGUGAUCCUUCUCUGUUUUGGAGUUGAAAAUCGUAUUCCAGACUGUUUAAAAAAUAUAUUUUUAUAUUCAACAAUGGAGCCGGCAUCAGUAUUUGAUGAGACCUAUGAAUAUAACGCCCCAAGAUUCGUAGAUUUCUCUGUUCCUCACACAAUCGACGACAAGGCAGACGAAUUUUUUGACCUUGAACACGAGGGGAACAAUGGCCAGUAUGAUUUCAUGGUUGAACCAGAUGGGCAGAUUCCAGAAGAGUACGAUGAGCCUGAACCAUCAUCAGAAUGUAAAAGCUCCACAGCAAGAGUAGAAGAGAGGAUCUCUGAUGUUCCACCUCCCAGGCAGGAAGAGACAGAAUCAGUUGAGCAUCAUCCGCAGAUUGAACAGCAUCCGCAGGAAACAAGAACAAACUCAAUACAAGAUACAGCAGGUGAAAAUGAAUAUCACACAAAAGACAAUGAGACUGGUCAUAUGGAUCAUAAUACAGAGCACAUAACAGACAAUGAGAAGGAAGAAAUGGAAGUAGCCACAGUGAGAGAAGAGGAUGAGAGGAUAGACCAACCGGCCAAGGAGGAAACCAAAGAGGACAAGGAGUUGGAGCAUGUGCAAGAACCUGUCUAUCAGGAUGUGCCCAUGACAACCAAUGUUGAAAACUUGAUGGUGCAAGAGGAGGAGAGCAAAGACAGGGAGAUGCCUGUUGUGGAGCAGAAGACUGUGCCGACUUUUAAUGAGGAGGAGGGCGAAAUGAUGUUCACUCAAGAGAAGGAUUCUGUGGAAGAAGAAAAGCAGUUGGAAGAGAAAGAGGUGGAGGUCAUCGAGAAGACAUUGGUUACGAGGGAUAGCCCAGAGAGCCCACAGAUGGAAAUGCGAGAUGCAGAAAUGCCUGCUGAAGUUGUUGUUCCAAGCAAUAUAGUGACAGGUUUUGACCAUUCUGCCCCAGCAGUAAAGACUGCACCUAAGAACCUAGUAACAUCAUGGGGAAACAGUAACGCAGACAAAUCUACAAAUGCUAACAAGGAUGCGAAAUUGAGACGCUCCGUAAGGAGAUCGACUCGUUCUCUCAACAGUGAUGUGAGUGGAUUAAAGAGAGCCUCUGCUGGCAACAACAUGCAGAGGAGAUCCCUACGCAUCCACACCAAAUCUAGCCAAUCACCAGCUCUGAAGAAGAGACGCGUUUCUGACAGAUCUCAGAGUAGAAGUAGGAAGAGCACACCGGUGGCCGCUAAACCUGCUGCAGCUAAGCCUGUCUCCAAACCUUUCAUUUCUAGACUGACAUUACCUACUACUCCUACUUUCAUGAAGCGUAAUACCGCUAAACCCGGUGCCCAAUUCAAGAGCACAGAACAGAUGGAGAUGGAGAGAAUUGCAGGGUUCCGUCAGCAGCUAGCAGCUCGUAAGAAACAGUCCCAGGCUUCUUAUAAGAGGGUACAGGAGUCUAGUGGGUACCAUGCAGUCAAGGCCGUUGUUCCACCCACCAAACCCGUUGGAUUCACGUUUGAGACGGAUCAGAGGAUCAAAGAGCAUCCUAUGGCUACAAGACAAGACACUAAGAGCUUUGAGAGUGACCUACGCAGGGGAAAGACAUCACCGGGUAAGGUCCACCAUGGUCCGACUGUACCUAAACCAUUUAAGUUGACGGAGAACAGGAAACGAAAGCUUACCGAGGGAGAAGGUAGCAAGGAUUCACCCUACUGCUCCAUGGCUACACGGAUCCAACGAUUCCAUAACAAGACACCGCAACGCUUUCAUACCAGACGGAGCGGGGAUCAUAAAGAUAAUUCCAUGCAUAGAGAAGAAGUUCAGAAGCCCAGAUUGACUUGUCCCAAGACCCCUAACCUUGAAAGCAGGAAUCGUAAGCGUGCCAUCACUGUACAGAGUGCGGCUGAAAAAGAAGAGCAAGAACUCCAAGAAAUGCAAAGUUAUAAAUUCAAAGCCAAGCCUGUGAACCCCAAAUUGAUGAACAAUCGCAAUAUCGGACUCAAGAUGCCUACCCACAAGGAGCCUACAAAAGCCGUAGGAUUCAACCUAGAGAGUGAAAGACGGAUGAAGGAACGUGAGACAAAGAAGAUGCAGGAAGAAGAGGAGAAAGAAGAAGAACAACAUUAUGAAUUCCAUGCCAGACCAGUGUCUACUAAGAUGCUAGAAGGACCAGUGGGAAUCGGUCCAGCCAAACCACGCACACUGACUUGCCCCAAGUCUCCUGCCUUUGCACUGAAGAACAGGGUUAGAAUCAAGGAGGACAUUGUUGAACCUGAGGAGUCCAAAUCUCGUAUCAUCCAUGCUAGACCGAUUCAUCACGUAGGAGUACCAUUCAAACCUCAGACCUCCCAUAAGACCACAGACACUCAACCAUUCUCCUUUGAACAGCGUGAUAAAGAGAUCCAAGCUCGUAAAGAAGCUAAGAUACAAGAGAUUUACCAAGAAGAGGAGAAGGCCCGUCUAUUCAAAGCCAAACCGAUCCUUGAACCGGUAUCUGUACCUGAGAAGAAGGUCAAACCCGUCACCAAACCUGAACCAUUUCAUCUCAGUAAUGAAGAGCAGGGAGCUAAGAGAGCAGAGAUGUGGAGUAAGAAGAUUGAGGAGGAACUAAAAGAACAAAGAGGAAUGGCCACUGCAUUCAAAGCUAAACCAGCCGAUGUGGUCUACAACGAACCUUUCGUACCUCAGAAAUCCAACAAACCUCUAAUAGAGAUUAACCCUUUCAACCUGAACACCGACCGACGCGCUGUGGAACGGGAGGAAUUCGAGGAGUGGAAGCUGAAGAAAGAACUCCAGGAUCGAGAGAGUCGUUAUCAGCAGGAGAAGCUCAAGGAAGAGGAGGAGAGGAAGGAGGUAGAGAGAAUGAGACGAGAAGACUUGGUAUAUAGAGCCAAGCCUAUCAAGCAUUACAAACCGGUCCAUGUCAUGCCUAGUCUGAAACCACUUACCGAUGCUUGCAGUCCCAACUUUUCUGAUAGGUUCCAGAAGUAAACUCUUAAGAUUUGGUCCGCAAGGCCAUAACCAGCGGGACUAUUAAGACUAUACCAUGUUGUACCGAGUUGAAACCUCUUGCUAAUGCAUGUUGUCCAACUUCUCUGAUAGAUUCCAAAAGAAGAUGAGGAUUUGUUAAGACGUCAAAUCACCUGACUGAAACCAAUCAAUGCCAUAUAUAUAGUAGAAGCCUUAUUGACAAUCUAGACUUCUGUCCUGAGGUAUCAGUAGAUUAGUGACUCUCUACCCUAGAUUUUAACAAAUCAGAUUUUUUCAAACAAAGGGUUGUGCAGUAUUUCAUCAAGCUACUCAUAAUAAGAUACAUGUAUGCGCAACUGGGCCGUGUAGUACAACGCAUAUUGAUCAUCGGAAAACAUUUUUUAUGAUUGAUUGCAUUGGCCACAAUGUACAAUCAAUCAUGAAAAUCAAGCGUACGAUCAAUCGGUAACCUUUGUGUUACAGGACCCAGGUGACCCCUUUUUGGGAUGCCAUAAUAUCGGAUUCUCAGUGAUUUUAAUUUCCAUCAGUUGAAAUCUGACCUUUUUAGAAUAAAAUUAUCUUUGUUGACGAGCAUCUGAUGGAACAAAUUAUUAUAUAAAAGAUUUGAUGAGGGCGAGAGGAAAUCCACUCGCAUUAAAACAGGGAAACCUUGGGGUACUUCAGCUGGCAUGAGAGAGGAUCACCAGUCGUGUAUAAACUUGUGCGUAACAGUAACUCAACCACUUUACAAUCUAUAUUGGCUUGAGAUAAGUUUCAUAAUUUGUGUGUAUGUCUCGUGUCCUUUCCCCACGUCUACAAGAUAUAACCGUAGUAAUGAAUCUCUGGACUGAUAUUCAUUUAGCUUCAGUAUAUUAUGCAUAUUGUUUUUUCCAUCCUAGAUAAUGUGAACGAAGGUAGCAGUUUUAUUUUCAUAAUUUACGAGGAAUAACUGCUGCAAAAUGAAUGUACAGCAGGUAUAGAAUAUUGGUUAUGGAAUUUAAUAAAAAUGUCUCUAGUAUAUCAUAUGAUAAACUGAUGUAUCACUAAUGUGAAUUUGAACCAUUUAUAAAGUGUAAAUAGUGAUAUUGGUGACUUUGAAGAUGAAAGAUUUUGAAGAAAUCAGGCGACGAUGUGUGGUUUCUCCAAAAGACAAGACAUUCUAUUAUUUGUAAAUAUAGAGAAUGGAGUGUGUGGUUGAUAAAGAGGAAUGUUUUUAAUAGAUUGCAAAUUAUAUAUAGUUUAUUUGGAAUGAUCACAGAUACCAAAUUCACAAAUGACCCGAAGGCAUAUUUGAGAAUCGGUCUUCAGAUAUCAGGAAUUAGCUAGACCAGUCCCAACCGAUAAGAACUGAUGUUUGUAUUACAUGUUUGAUAAGAAAAAGCAAUUCAUGCUAUUGAUCGGAGGGUAACUGUGCAGAGUAAGUAAGAAGAAGGUAUUGAUAGAAGUCAAGCACAUCUGCACUUGUCACAAUUUGGAAAGGUAUUCCUCUAAAGAAAGUAGUCUAUUAACUUGGUUAUUGUAUACUGUUGCUUAUCAAAAUGUAUGAUUAUUAACAUUUUAUUCAGAAGAAAGUGAAAUUGUAUUUACUAUGUGUGACUGGUUUUAUUUUAUUGUAUGAUUAUUGUUAUUGUAUGAUUGUUAUUAUUAUCAUUAUUAUUACAAUUAUAUUUAUUAUUGUGAUUAUAUUUUUUAUUACAUUAUUCUUACAUUGCAUCCCACAUGGCAUUUCUUUGUACAUUACAGGUAGUCAUUAACCAAAAGAACAAAAAAUGAAAAUAAAAAAAUAAAAACACCUGUAGCAUACUAGUAAACCAAUAUUGGGACCAUGAUUGAAAUGAAAAUCACUUUGAUUAAGAGUAUAUAUUAGAUACAAAUUUGACUGACCAUUUUACUCCUUUCUGCUGAGUGCUUAAAUUUAGUACUCCACAUGAAUAUUCAUGAACUACUGGGUGAGUAUCUAAUCUAAUCAGAAUGAACUUGACACCAGCAAGGAUGUGAAUAUAGAGUAUAUUAGACUAGGUAUUUUAAUUUUCAUAUGAUUAGCAGUGAAUAAAAACUAAACCUGAUUAAUAUAUUCAUAUGAUUAUUAUUAAUUACUCCAAAUUCUUCCACCACAGAUGUAUGUACUUUAAAUGUCAUGAAAUGUGCCUGUGAAAACGAGCUAAAUCACUUGCACUUGUGGUUCAUUCAAUUGGAACUUUGCAAUCUAGUUUGUUAUUUUGAUUGUCACAUGUUCAAUUUUCACUCUUUAUCAUGCAUUUUCAGGGAAUUGGUGAGUUGUAAAUAUGCCCCUUGCCCCCUGUUUGUUAUUUCUAGCCUUUACCUGCAUAGUAAGAAGUAGUCAGCCUUUUUUUCCAAACAAAAAGAACAAGUUGAUGUAAAUAACAGUUUAUCACAAAUGCAUAAAGGGUAUGGUGUGGAAAUGUGGAAUUUUGUAUAUUAAUGAGGAAAUAGAGAAAUGUUUUGUAAAGGCUUGUACUAAUACAUUUAUUUUGAAACCGUUGUACAAAACAUUUAUAUAACAAGUAUUUCAUCUGAAUUUUUAACUGGUUGUGAUUGCAAUUACCAAGAUUAUUACUGUGUACAGAAUAAUUGCAACAUUUCAUAAUCCCAGUUUAUGAAAGUGGAGAUUGGUUAGUUGUAUUAUUUUGUUUUCUUUAUUGAUUUGCUGUGUUAAGGAGAUUUUUAAAUGAUGAUAACUGCACAUAAUAAAAAAAUUCCAUCAUGUAAAUUCACAUCGUCACAACUGAAUGCAUAUCAAGAUGUCAACUUAUCGUAUAUAGACACCUAUUGUAAAAUAUAUGAUAUGCUUUUUUUGCACAUUAAUAGCAAAACUUCUGACAAGUUCAUGUAAUAUUCAUGUAUUUAUGCAAUUUUUUAAAAAUAAUCUUUCGGAACAUUUUUAAAUAACAUUUUAACUGGGUAAAAUACAUGAAUUGAUUAAUAUAACUCUACAAUGAUGGAGAGAGAAAAGGUGAGAUUAAACAUAACAAUAUGAUAACAAGGCUCAUAAAGUGCCUGUAGUGUACGAACAAGAAGUUGACUAAAAUAAUUAAAACUGAUCUUUUCAUGUAUAAAACA